UAAUGACUUGAUUUUGGAUAUUCUCAUGUGUGCGCAUAAAAAUGCAAGUUUAUAUUAAAUUUUAAAGCUACAUCACCCACAUUAAUGGGACAAAGGAUCAUUUUUAGGGACAAAUUAUAAAUCAAUCUAUUUAUUUAUCUGUAAUUUCAUCUGUCUGUUAGUUAAACCAAAUCUUUAUACAAAAUUAAGAAAUAUACAACUAUUUUUAUGUUUAGCAUAAAAUCAAUCUGAAAAGAUUUGCAUUAUAUCUAUAUAGGUGAACAUCUACAGUCCUAUUUGAUUGACAUACAAGUGCCACAUGUACCAGCUAUAGUUGAAAACAAAGAAACAUCAUUUGAUAUUGAUGUACACAGUGUACCAAGUUCACAAGACACAGACACAGUGGGUACAGACAUGGAGUUUGAAAUUCUCUCCACAAGUUCUUGUUACCCUUCCUUACCAUCAUCCCAAGACUGGUAUGAGCAGAACAAAACACCAAAAGAAAAACUAAAUGAAGCAUUACUGAGACUUUCAGAUAACAAGUUUCAACCUCUGAAGUCUCAACUUACAAGACCUUGGUCUGAAUUAGCAAAGUCUGCAAAGUAUUACUACAUCAGCAAGGCCAAAGAAGCUGUUAUGAUAGUCCUGUCCAUCAUAGCCCCAGGACAAGAGGACACCAUUCUCUCAAAACUCAGUCCAUCCUUUACAAAUGAAAGUGAUGCAACAGACAAAGCUACACAACAGUUGAUAGAGGCAUAUCAUGUCACAGCAGACAAAAAAACCCAGCUGCAGAUCUUGUCAUUAUUUGCGAACAACUUUACAAAGGAAAAGCUUCUUCAACUUGUACCAUCACUGACACAAUCCAAAAUUGAUGCCGCCAGAAAACAUGCUUCAGUGAUGGGACCAGGACAGAUACUAAAUCCACCAAAGAUAUACAGAAUACGUCUGACCAGACCAAAAUUGCUCCACUUUCUGGAAUAUGUAUCUAUGUCCUCUAUUUCCCAGGUUCUUGGUUUUGGUACCAUGCAACUUCAUUUGUCAAGUGGAGAAAAAAUACAAAUUCCAAAAGUUAUCAGAAAUGCUGUGAGUGCUAGAAUCAUUGCAAACUACCUAGAGUAUUGCAAGGAAACAGAGUUCCAAACUUUUAGCCGUGCAUCUUUGUACAGAAUCCUGAAAGCCUGUCGAGCAUCAAAAAGGAAAGCAAUGCAUGGACUUGACAAUACUACAGCACUUGGAAUGAUUGCCAUGGAGUCAUUACAGAAGGUUGUAACAAGACUUGGGGAAUAUGGAUUGGAUAUGGAGAAAAAAGACACUCUGAUUGAUAUGAUCAACAUCUGUAAUCAGCACUUGAAAUUUGAUGUGAAAAGCCAUUUCAGUAGAAGUUCCUCAUGCAGUGAUCAUUGUACAAUGUUUGCCCUGAGUGAUCCAACAGACACAUGCUUUUCUAGUAACUGUGAUCAUGACCAUUCAGACAUUUGCUCAAAUUGUGUUUUGACACACAAACUUACAGAGGGCAUCACUGAAGCCACUAAAACAGUCAGAAUACCAUCUGAGGAUUUGAUGGAGGAUUUGCAGCAUGAAAUUACCAUGGCAACAAAAGCCAUCAAGGACUGGAAGGCUCAUCUUCUUAGAACUGUGCACCAAGACUUUGCAAGAUCAGACAUCCUACAACACCUUGAAUCAAACCAGGGACUUCUUAUAAUGGAUUGGGCCAUGAAGUUUCUACCCCUCCAGUACAGGGAAACACAGUCAGACUUCUUUGGAAAAAAGGGCAUUAGCUGGCAUAUUUCAUGUUUAAUUACCAAGAAGAGUGACCCUGAACCAACAGCUAGCACCUUGUCAGACCAUCUUGACUUGAACACCUAUAUCCAUAUCCUUGAGAAUGGUACUCAAGGUUGGUUUUCCGUUGCUCAUAUUAUUAGACACCUUCUUUUGACUCUAUCAGUGCAGUUUCCAAACCUGAAAGAGAUCUACAUGAAGACAGACAAUGCUGGUUGCUAUCACUGUACACCACUAAUCUCCUUUAUCAGUCAGAAUCACAGUCAUUUUCCUAUUACCAUCAAGGAGUUCAACUUCAGUGAAGCACAGUCUGGAAAAGAUCUUUGUGACAGCAAAACUGGUUCCUGUCGAAUGCAUGUGGCUAGAUUUCUGAAUGAGGGAAAUGAUAUUUUUUCUGCCUCAGACUUGAAGAGAGCCUUAGAAAGUAAUAAUGGAUUGAAAGGAACAAAGACCUGUGUUAUCUCCAUUGACAAUGCAGAGGAACCAAAGAUAAAAUCCAAAAUUCCUCAGAUUAGCCUUCUGAACAAUUUCAGAUUUGAUGUGGAUUCAGUUAUUGCAAAAAGGGCAUAUCAGAUUGGUUGUGGACGCCUUAUUGAGACCAAUACUUUGAAGGAUCAGCAUCUUAAUGUUGGAGAAAUGAAUGGUUUUGAGGUGUUAGAAGAAUUUCCAUCUCAUGCAGUUGAUGUUGGACAAGUCUGUGUUAAAAUGAGGAACCCAAACAUUCAAAAUGAAAUGGAGGAGGAACAGAACCAGGAUCAGGACCAGGGGCACCUGAAUAAUGAUUUGUAUGCAUGUCCAGAUCCCUAUUGCCAGAAACAGUAUGUGAGGUCUGCUAACCUUGAGAAACAUCUAGCAUUAGGCAAUCACCUUUACAGGAAAGCUGAAGAAACCGGAAUUGAUUUGUGGCAUCAAAAUAUGGGUUGA